GGAGAAUCCAAGACCGUCUUCGAGAAGCUCGCCAACUACACUGGAAAGUCCCUUACAAAUCUGUUGACCGACACGGCGCCCGGCAAGGAUGGAAAGGCCUCAAGAUUUGUCUUCCGUGUCCAAGAAUCAAGAGUCUACUAUGUACGCGAAGACAUGGCAAACCUGGCCACCUCGGUAGCCAGAGACAACCUGCUGUGUCUUGGAAACUGCAUCGGCAAGUUGACCAAGACUGGCAAAUUCCGCCUCCACAUCACCGCUCUGGACAUCAUCGCCCCUCAUGCCCGCGCAAAGAUCUGGGUCAAGCCCAACGGAGAGAUGCCCUUCCUGUACGGUGGUCACAUCGUCAAGGCUCACGUUGGCCGUUGGAGCGAGGACUGCCCUGAGCACCAGGCANCCCCUCUUGGUUUCGGUGUCACCGCCCGCUCUUCCGCCGAGUCAAAGCGUCUGGACCCUACUGGUAUCGUCGUCUUCAGACAAGCCGAUUGCGGCGAGUACCUCAGAGAAGAAGACACCCUCUUCCAGUCU